GGGGGGCGGGGCCGGCCCGGGCUUGCGGGCGCGGGGGUGGCAGGUGAGGGGACGGCGCGCGGGGACCAGGGCAGCGGCCAAGGCGGUGACAGCGCGAGGCCUGAGGGGAGGCGACGCGGCGUAGGCGGCGGCGAUGCUGGAGACCCUGCGCGAGCGGCUGCUGAGCGUGCAGCAGGAUUUCACCUCCGGGUUGAAGACUUUAAGUGACAAAUCCAGAGAAGUGAAAGUCAAAAGCAAACCCAGCAGGACUGUUCAGUAUUUGCCAAAGUACUCAGCUGGACUAGAAUUACUUAGUAGAUAUGAAGAUACCUGGGCUGCACUUCACAGACGAGCCAAAGAAUGUGCCAAUGCUGGAGAGCUGGUGGAUAGUGAGGUGGUUAUGCUGUCUGUGCACUGGGAGAAGAAGAAGACGAGCCUGAUCGAGUUGCAGGAGCAGCUGCAGCAGCUUCCAGGUUUAAUAGCAGACUUGGAAUCUGUGACAGCAAAUCUGGCUCAUCUAGAGGCCAGUUUUGAGGAGGUAGAAAAUCACCUGCUUCAUCUGGAGGAUUUGUGUGGGCAGUGUGAGUUAGAAAGAUGCAAACGUGUGCAGUCCCAGCACCUAGAGAAUUAUAAGAAAAGUAAGAGGAAGGAGCUUGAAGCCUUCAAAGCCGAACUGGAUGCGGAGCAUGCGCAGAAGGUCCUGGAGAUGGAGCACACGCAGCAGAUGAAGCUGAAGGAGCGGCAGAAGUUCUUUGAGGAGGCCUUCCAGCAGGACAUGGAGCAGUACCUGUCCACCGGCUACCUGCAGAUCGCAGAGAGGCGCGAGCCCAUGGGCAGCAUGUCCUCCAUGGAGGUGAACGUGGACAUGCUGGAGCAGAUGGACCUCAUGGACAUCUCCGAUCAGGAGGCUCUGGACGUCUUCCUAAAUUCAGGUGGCGAAGAUAACACCAUGCUGUCCCCUGGUCUAGGGCCUGAAUCCGAAACCUGUCAGAACGAAAUCACCCUUCAGGUUCCGAAUCCUGCAGACUUACCUCCCAAGCCACCUUCCUCCCCGUUUGCCUGCAGUGACACUGCCACCCAGGAUGCCGAGGGUGGGGAUGGUCCCCUGGUCCAGGCAGAUGAGGAGGAGGUGCAGGUGGACACUGCCCUGGCCACCUUCCACACUGACAGAAAGGCUGCUUCUGACGUCAGUGGGGACAGUGACUCGAGUCACGAUGUCUGAGUGGAGCAGCCUGGGUUUUACGGUUGCCGGGGACGUGUGAGAGCGGCUGAGAAGCGUGCACAAUAAAGCUUGAGGACUGUGAA